AUGAGUACCGGCGACGAUCGGCUCGUCCAGUCGGUCGACCCAGACCACCCCGCGAACCUCAUCCCUUCCCUCUGCGCCAAAUUCUGGACCCUCGGCUGGGUGACCGGCACCGGCGGCGGAGCCUCAAUCCGUGACGAUGAGCACGUCUACAUAGCGCCCUCGGGCGUGCAGAAGGAGCUGAUGAAGCCAUCGGACCUGUACGUGCUGUCGCUGCCGCAGACGCUGGCGCGGCACGGCGAGAGCGGCGACUCGGAGGGGCCGAUCCGGCCGUCGUCGCGCGUGUACCUGCGGUCGCCGGCGCGCUUCAAGCCCUCGCAGUGCACGCCGCUGUUCCUGUCGGCCUUCACGCGGCGGGGCGCCCGCUGCUGCAUCCACACGCACUCGGCGCACGCGGUGCUGGUCACGCUCAUCCUGGAGCAGCAGGGCGCGAGCGAGUUCCGCAUCAACAACAUCGAGCAGAUCAAGGGCUUCGCGAGGGGCUACCCGCACGCCGAGGUCGGCAACCUCGGCUACCACGACACGCUCCGCAUCCCCGUCAUCGAGAACACGGCCCACGAGGAGGACCUCACUGAGUUCCUGGAGGAGGCCAUGGAGAAGUACCCGGAUGCGUACGCCGUGCUGGUCAGGAGGCAUGGGGUUUACGUGUGGGGGAACAGCGUGGAGCAGGCCAAGGGCCAGUGCGAGAGUUUGGAUUACCUGUUCCAGAUCGCCGUCGAGAUGAAGAAGCUGGGCAUACCAUGGGAAUCAGACAUCAAGCCAACGUUGCCCAGGAAGUCCAUCAAGGGGCAGUGA